AGCUCAGAAUUUCCCCGGAGCAGCAGCUGCAGCAGCCACAGCAGCAGCUUCUCAAAGUUGCCGGGACUUGGGCCGUUUGCGGGACAGAGUUCAGCCAAGCCAUGCUUGCACUUACACAGCGUGGCCAGGAAAUCUGGAGAAUGAAGUCCUUCAGUCCUGAGGUUCCCCCAGAGCCACCCCAUGCCACUACAGCCCACCUGCUUUACCUCUACACAAUCUUCCUGACCUUGCUCGACUUGGCCCAAGGCUUCAGAGGGUCCACGGCACCCAACAAGCCGUUCAUCACCGUUUGGAAUGCAGAUACUUACUGGUGCCUGAAGGGUUACGGUGUGGAUGUGGAUGUCAGUGUGUUCGAUGUGACUGUCAACAAGGAGCAGAGCUUCCGAGGCCCUAACAUGACCAUUUUCUACAGCUGGCAGCUGGGCACCUAUCCCUACUACACCUCCACCGGGGAACCCGUAUUUGGUGGCCUGCCCCAGAAUGCCAGCCUGGUUACCCACCUGGCUUGCACGUACCAGGACAUCGAGGCUGUCAUGCCCGAGCCUGACUUCUCGGGACUGGCAGUCAUUGACUGGGAGGCAUGGCGCCCACGAUGGGCCUUCAAUUGGGACAGCAAGGACAUCUAUCGACAGCGCUCAGUGGCACUGGUUCAGGCAGAGCACCCUGACUGGCCGGAAACGUUAGUGGAGGCCGUAGCCCAGCGCCAGUUCCAGGAAGCUGCACAGGCCUGGAUGGCAGGCACCCUCCAGCUGGGGCAGGUCCUGCGUCCUAGUGGCCUCUGGGGUUACUAUGGCUUCCCUGACUGCUACAACCACGACUUCCUAAGUCCCAAUUACACAGGCCAGUGCUCACUAAACAUCCGCGACCAGAACGACCAGCUAGAGUGGCUGUGGAACCAGAGCUACGCUCUCUAUCCCAGUGUUUACCUGCCUGCGGCACUCAUGGGCACAACAGGGAAGGCUCAGCUCUAUGUUCGACACCGUGUACAAGAGGCAUUCCGUGUAGCUGCAGCUUCCAGAGACCCCAGUGUGCCCAUCCUGCCCUAUGCACAGAUCUUCUAUGAAUUGACAAAUCAUCUUCUGCCCCUGGAGGAGCUGGAGCACAGCAUCGGGGAGAGUGCAGCUCAGGGAGCAGCAGGAGUGGUGGUCUGGGUGAGCUCAGAAAAUACUUCGACUAAGGAGUCCUGCCGGAUCAUUAAAGAGUAUGUGGAUUCCACACUUGGGCCUUUCAUCCUGAACGUGACCAGUGCGGCUCUCCUCUGCAGCGAUGCUCUAUGUUCCGGCCAUGGCCGCUGUGCCCGCCGUCCCAGUCACCCCGAGGCUCUGCUCACUCUCAACCCUGCCAGUUUUUCCAUUGAGCUAACACAAGAUGGCAGGCCCCCCAGCCUCAAGGGCUCCCUCUCCCUUAGGGAUCAGGCACAGAUGGCUAUGGAAUUCAAGUGUCGCUGCUACAGUGGGUGGCGUGGGAAGCGGUGUGAGAAGCGAGAUAUACAGUAUUAGCUGUAACCAGACUGCACACUGAACAGCUAACAUACCCUGGGCCCACCUGCGACUUCCUCAGAUACAGUCACACGCACACAAGUCACAGUCAGGAGCAUGCUCAACCACUGUCAUAGUCAUGUGCACACAGGCACGCUCACAGGGACAGUCACUUGGUGAAUCAGAGUUAAGAGCAGGCACUAUCAAUUCUGUGCCUAUAAGGACCUACUUGGCAGGAUCAUAGGCAAGUCCUUCAGAACCUAUGAGUCAGCAGUGACAAAGCUGACAUUUGUCCUAUGUCUGCUCUGUGCCAAGCCUUGUGCUAAGUAAGCACUAGAAAUGGACUCUUCACAAUUCAAGACAUACAGGAGGAGUGAACACUUUUUUUUGCUUGUUUUUGUUUUUGUUUUGAGACAGGGUUUCUCUGAAUUGCUUCAGAGCCUGUCCUGGAACUCGCUCUGUAGACCAGGCUGGCUUUGAACUCAGAGAUCCACCUGCCUCUGCCUCCCAAGUACUGAAAUUAAAGGUGUACACCACCCCCGACUGGCUGAUUAAAUACUUUGUGUUUUUGUUUU